CACGUGCCUUAGCAACCGUACACUCGAAUAUAAGUUCGUUGAUAUCAACUUUUCGCAUUUGUUUACUCGUUUCUUCUCAAGUGUGUGUCGAUAAUAGAGUUUCUUCUGCAGUUCUGUUUUUAUCAGAAUGAAGCUAUUAGUUGUUCUAGCAGUGUGUUUCACUGUAGGGGCUGCCAAGUUCCUAAUCCCUAGCCAUGUACAUCCUCUUUCACAGAAGAUGAUUGACUACAUUAAUUUCCUGAACACUACUUGGAAGGCUGGCAAAAAUUUUGAAGGUGUCAGUAUGAAAUAUAUCAAGGGCCUUCUUGGUGUUCACAAAGACAAUCACAAAUACAGACUGCCAUCCAUCAGGCACGCUGUUCCCGAUGAUCUGCCCGAUUCAUUUGAUGCCCGAAAACAAUGGCCCCAAUGCCCAACCAUUAGUGAAAUUAGAGAUCAAGCAUCUUGUGGAUCAUGUUGGGCUUUUGGUGCUGUAGAAGCUAUGUCUGAUAGACAUUGUAUCCACAGCAAUGGAAAAAAUAUAAUUGAACUUUCUGCUGAAGACCUUUUGUCUUGUUGUAGUUCAUGUGGAAUGGGGUGCAACGGUGGAUUUCCCGGAUCAGCUUGGGAAUACUGGGUUGAGAAAGGUAUCGUAACCGGAGGCUUAUACAACUCCCACAAAGGUUGUCAGCCAUAUGUUAUUCCUUCUUGCGAGCACCAUACUUCUGGAAAGCUUCCUCCUUGUGGUGACAUUGUUGACACUCCCAAAUGUGUGCACAUGUGUGAAAAAGGGUACAACGUUAGCUACAGUAAAGACAAACAUUUUGGCAAGCAAUCUUAUUCCAUCGAUAGUGAUGAAGAACAAAUCCGAACUGAACUUGUUAAAAAUGGACCCGUUGAAGCAGCUUUUACCGUCUAUGGAGAUUUUGUGAAUUAUAAAAGUGGCGUAUAUCAACACCACAGUGGCGAGGAAUUGGGAGGUCAUGCUAUUCGAAUUUUAGGAUAUGGCACUGAAAAAGGAACUCCUUAUUGGUUGGUUGCAAAUUCCUGGAAUGAAGAUUGGGGUGACAAGGGAUAUUUCAAAAUCCUGAGAGGUCAAGAUGAAUGUGGUAUUGAGAGCUCUAUUGUUGCUGGUUUGCCAAAACAAUGAACAUUUUUGUAUUUUUAACUCAUUUUCAGUUAUACUUUCCAUUGUUGGUUGUAAUUAGUAAAAAGCCAAAAGUUUUUUCAUGACACUUAAUGUAACAUUUCACUUUAUGUAAUUUUAUAUUAAUUUUGUUAUUUUUCAAUAAAAAUGUGUUAUUGUCUUGAAA